GUGCGAUGUGCAGACACUUGGAGACCCAGUGCCAGGAGAAGACGGAAAGCACUGUCAGUGCUUGGUGAAGCAUAACAGCUUAUUUGAGAAACAGCUGAAUCCGAUGCUGUUGUCCGAAAAGCUAGCGGACAAGGAAGGCUCUCGCCUCAUUGCCUCUUGCGACAUUUUCGAGGCCUCCAGGAGCAAAGGGCCAGAGGACCAGGCCCUGUGGGAAGCCGUGGAGCCCUUCUGCUCAGAGGCGUGGGAGGAAGAUGCCGCCCAAGAUACUUCUUUGAAAGCCGGGCCUCACAGAUUGGCUUUUAGCUCGCUGCAGAAGCUCAUGCAGGCAAGGAUCGAUGCGCGGUUCGCCAAGAAUUACGAUCGCCUUGUCGGCGAGGAUGGGUGGCUACCCAGGGCCUUCGUGAACUAUUAUGCCGGUGCACCAGGGAGCAAGCACGCGAACAUGACGGAGCAGCUGAUACGCUCGGUGCACAUGUUCUCGGAAGCACCGAUCAUUGUGCUUCACUUGGGCAGCCGUACGCCGGACUCCUGGACAGCCGAGCGAUUUCCACAGCUGCUACUGGUCCAUGCCGCUCCCAUGGAGCCCGAUGCCCACCGAAGCUUCAACUUCAACAAGCUGAGAUCGUUUUUGAUUUCCAGAGCCAAGACUGGCGUCGAGUUGGACUCUGAUCAGUUUGUGGGCCCUGGAGUUGAUUAUAUGUUCGAGAUGAGCGAAAAGGAGAUCACGAAAGACACUCCGCUCCCAAUUCUUCCUGUUCACUUCUACAGCUUCACGCAGGCAGACACGCCGAACAACAUUUGGUGGAAGCGCUACUGUCCAGACCCCCCCGCUUGCCAACGCCACACGAUGCGAUGGAGCCACGCGCAUCCUACCUGGACCUUCUACUCGCUUCCUUUCCUCGGUCGCUGGCUGCGCCGUCACUUCAGAGAUGAGCAGCUGCCCGCCUCCUCGGAUCAGGUGGGAAAACUGGCGGCCCUGGCUGUAGCAAAGAUCCCCGAGGAUGAGGAUCUCCUGAAUGUGGCAACCUGGGAAGAGAAGGGGACGAAGCAGUGGUGCAAGUUCGAUAACGACUACCAUGAGUUUGUGGACAUGCUGAGCUGGACCCCUCAGGAUGGAGAACGAACUACGACUGGGGAUAUCGGGACCGAUCCGAAGUUCUACCCGCAUGGCGCAGCCAAGGCUUUUUGGACGGCCCACAAUUGCAAGGACCCGGCUGCAACGGCCAAGAUGCUGGAUGAGAUUGAGAAGCGCUACAAGCAGGGCCUUUACCCAAAGUCCACCAUCACCUACAAGGGUCGCUUCUGGCAAUCUGGCUCUCAGCUUCGCGAGGCCUACCCAGACCUGCCGUGCAUCUUCUAG